AUGUUUCUAAUAUUUCUUCUCUCUUCUCAAUCACAGAGCUCUUCUAAAAUCAAUAUAAAAGAUGAGCAUGAUAUUGUCCAAAAUAUCAGAAGAAAUCAGUAUCCAAUUCCGAACGAAGAUUCUUCUUAUAGUUAUGAUGCUGUCCCAUUUCAAAUAAGCGUUGCCAAACUGGAAAAAGAUUAUUCAACAAAUGAUAUAAAUUCUAUUGUCGAUCAGAUUGCUAACGAAUUCGAAAUCGAAAGAAACAAACUUCAAAAUUUCUUUAAUCUUUGCAAGUGGUCUUCCACGUCUAAGCAACUUUUUAAUAAAAUUGAUUUUAAUCAAAUAUUUGAUAGAUAUAGAGCUGCAAAAUUGAGCGGAACUGUAAUCAAAGUUACAAAUAAUCAUGGUUCAUAUAUUGUUAAUUGUCGUCAGGCACGCGCUCAGUCUAUUCUUAUGUAUAAACCAACUGCUACACCUUAUUCAUUUGGAGGGAUGGGACCUGAACCAUUUUUUAUAACAAAAUGGCGACUGAUUACGACGCGCUCUAUAACAUUUAUUUACAAUGAACUUAAUAGCAAGAUUGAGCCAUUCAUCAACAUUUAUAAACAUAUUUAA